AUGGCCGCCCGAAAGGUGUGGAAGAUCUUGCCGACAAAUUACUUUCUGAUAACAACUCUUCGAGCCGCAUAUUCAUCAAGAUGGACACAGCUAAAAAAAAAUCAGCUACAUCUUCGUGGGUGAGUAAAUAUUUUGAAGUUGUGAUCAUUUCGGUGCCAUAACCGUUGAGGUCUUGUGCCACAUUUAUUUAUUUUACUGCAUGAUGUAAACAGCCGUUGUCGUCUCCUGUUAUGCAAUCAUGUUCUGGGGUCCGUUUCUCGAACGUCCCGAUAAUUAACGGGCCCGGUAAGCUGUCUCCGUUUACCUUAAAGAUCAAUCAUGUUCUGUUUGAUAAAAAGUUAGUGAAACAAAAUGGGCAGUUCGUUACAGGACCCGCGCUCUUAUUCUUUAUAUUUUGAUUUGAAUAUUUUUUAAAGCGGGACUUUGGUUGACUUUUAAAGCUAUAGUGGUGACGAGUAUGAAAUUUCUCGAGCUGCAGAAUACCCUAGUACUUCCAAACUGUAUCCUUAAAAGAGGCAGAGAGGUGGAUACGAUUCCGAUUAAGCGCUUUUUCUACCGAUCUUCAUCAAGAAAACAGGCUCUUUAUGAGCACAAGCCUGCUGCUUUGUUUAACUCUUCAAGCCCUAAUAUCAGCAUGUCUAUUCUCCACACUUUUCUGUACAAAUUUCCUGUGGUACUGAUAAGAAUUUGUUUGACGAGGAAGACCUUUUUUCAUUUGCUGAUCAAUUUUCGUUUUUCCUCAUGAUCUCUGUGUUCGAUUUAGCAGUGUUGCUGUAAGAAGAAAUUACCAGCUGGGCACUCUUGGGAAUUAAAGGGUUAAGUUUCAUUGCAUACUCUAUAGUGAUACUCAAGCUGAUGUCACCUAUUGAUAUUAACGUGCCAAACAAAAGUAACAACAACAACGUUUGUAAACAGUGAUGUCUCCUAUUGCAGACUACAAGCUGCCCAGAGGACGUACAGUACCGGUAGUUCAAGUAAAGAAAGUUCAGCAGAAUCUGGUGAAGAUCCAAAAAACAAGCCAAUACGCUUCUCAACCUCCAGAGCACGUCACAUGACUCUUAAUCAAACCCUGGGAAUUGGACAAAUAGAAAUUGAGAAGAACCCGUCAAAGAAGUCCAUCUACAUUGGAAUGGUUCUUAUGGCUAUCAUGACAUAUAUUAUUUUCUUUCUACCUCCGGACCAAGAUGAACUUGAUCUACUUGAGUUGGAGAUUGAGAAGUAUGAGAGGGAACAGGCUAAGAGGCAAUGA